CUGUUUAGAAUACAACCCUGGGUGCUUACAGGCAGUUAACAGUCUGAACUCAUUAACGACGCAUCUCUUUGUGUGACAGACCAAAACUUCUGUACUACAACAAUAGAGCAAUACUACUCUACGCUGCACUACUCCACUAUCGCAACAAAUACUUUUGUUCAGCGAUCAUGGCAACAAUGCCGGCGACAGUCGUCUGCCCAACUCCCAGCGUACAGCUCAAGGACCUGAAAAAAGACCAACUGGAAACUCAAGAACGAAUCAACCAGCUGGUCUCCGAAAAUGCUGCCCUGGAGGAAGAGAAAAUUAAAAUACUGACGGCUCUACGCUCAGAGAGAACCACUAGGAAAAAUGUCCAAAAGGAGAGUAAGAUCAAGGAGAAGGAGAACAAUGAAGAGAUUCACUCUCUCAGAGAAAGUUUGAAGGCAGAGAAGAACAUCUUCCUCUCAGCCAAACUUCAUUGGAGUGGUGAGUUCAACCAGGUCGUUGGGCUCUUGAAACAAGAGCAAGAGAAGAACAGAGAGACCCAGGAGAAGAAGAUUAAUGGUAUAUUAUCAAACAUACCAAACCAGAAUUUGAUGGACAAGGACGCAAAGCUCCAAACUCUGGCAGAGGACAAUGAUAGGAAGUUGAGCCAUGUCGUCCAGGAAAAGGAUGAUCUGAUCAACAAAAUAAAGGAGGAAAAGACAGCUCUAGAAGUAAAGUAUUUGGAGAGCGAAGCCAAGCUCAUAGAGAAUGAAAGGCAGAUCAUCCAGAGGGAGGUAGAGUUUGAAACAAAACUCGCCACUCUGGAAGACCAAAUGACGUGUGAGCUCGCUGCAAAAGAGGAGAACUUUGAGAAACGGCUUGAGCUGGAAAGAGAGAGCAGAGAGAUGGAGUGGAACAAAAAAGAGAGCCAAAUGGAGAACGAAAUCAAGCUCUUAAAAGAGAAAAACUCUGCUCUUCAGUUACAAAACCACUGCCUCAACGAGGUCGAAAAGAUGAGCAGAAGGAUGAAGAAGCAGCGGAUUACCAAAGAGAGCCAAAUGGAGAACGAAAUCAAGCUCCUAAAAGAGCAAAACUCUGAUCUUCAGGUACAUUACCACAGCCUCCAAGAGAUCGAAAAGAACAGCAGAAGGAUGGAGAAUGAGUGGAUUAACAAAGAGUGCCAAAUGGAGAACGAAAUCAAGCUCUUAAAAGAGCAAAACUCUGAUCUUCAGGUACAAAACCACAGCCUCCAAGAGAUCAAAAAGAACAGCAGAAGGAUGGAGAAUGAGUGGAUUAACAAAGAGAGCCAAAUGGAGAACGAAAUCAAGAUCCUAAAAGCGCAAAACUCUGAACUUCAGGUCAAUCUCCUUAGCCUGCAGGAGCUGGCUCAAAAAACUGAUAAGGAGAAGGCCAGAAUGAAAAAGGAGGAAGAGAAGGCCAAGAAGGCGACAGAAAAGAGGCUGAAAAAGGAGAGGAAAGAGGAGGAGGAGCGAGAGAAUGAACAGAAGGAGGAAAAUAGGAAGCAAGAGAAGAAAGAAUUGAAUAGACAGAAGAAGGAAAAAGAGGAGAUGGAGAAAAAAGUAAAGAAAGAGAGGAAGGAGCAGGCGAAGAGAGAGAAGGAGGGAUUGAAAAGACAGAAUAAAGAAAAGGAGGCGAGAGCGACGGAAGAGGAGCAGAAGGAGAAGAGAGAGGAUUAACAUCAUCAACCUUUCUCUCCUCCACUUCACCUCGAUCCCCCCCCCC